AUGCCCAAUAUACGGGGAAGAUAUUAUACGCUUGAACUCGACAUAAUCAAAGAAUUUACCUUAGCUUCCUGUGGACACAUUUUUCACCAAAAGUGUCUCAAAGAGUAUUUGGUAGAUGGUGAAUUGAGUUGUCCUUAUGAUGGUUGUAAUAGAGAUAUCGAAACUUUUCUCUCUCAGGAUCUUUUAAAGGGAUUACAAAACCAGAUAGCCCCCAAGGACAAAAAAUGUACUAGAGAAGAUAGUAACGAAUCAUGCAAAGUGUCUCUCAGCUUCACACCUACUUCCAGUAAAAAGGCAAAGAAAGACUAA